UUGUGUGGAUUUAGUUCUCGCGAAAGUCAACGUUUAUCGGAUCUCGGGAGGACAUUGGUCACAACGUCUUCUCUGAAAACGUACAUUGAUCUGUUGACCAGUCAUCACAGACAAAGUAUCGCCUCAUGGCUAUAUGGAAAUACGAGUCAAGCGCUCAGUCAACAGUUCAGAUUUCCUGAAUCGAAUAUUCAUUGUUCGGAACCAGAGGCAACAUUGGCAUUAUCUGUUAGGAAUGGAAUAGGACAUGCCAUCCGUUUGGCACUCAAGGACACUUACGGGAAUGACUACGUAACAAAAGGCUGGAAAGCUUUCGUGGAAAAGGGUGCACCUGUAGUUUAUGUGACACCGGCACUUCAUAUGGAUCUUGCACCAUAUAUAGCCUCCGAAUUCGGUAUUGCUGAUGUGGUCCUUUUGCCAAAACUCAGCGGUGAUAUGAGUGAGAUUGAAGGACGAAUAGAUCACCAUGCAUUUGAACGUAUACUGAAUGAUGAUGUGGCUGCAGGACGUAGGCCACUACUAGUAGUAGCUGUAGUUGGUUCAACUAUUCUUGGUCAAAACGAUAUGGUAUCGAAGAUAUUGGAAGUUAGAAAAAAGCAUCGUUUUUGGAUUCACAUUGUUGGCCAGGCAGUGGCUGCAUUGACACUUCGUGAACCUACAGAAGUUCUGGUCCAUGUGCUCACUCAGGUCGAUAGUCUUACGCUCCCACUUGCAUUGUGGUUAGGAGUUCCAGCUGCACCUGUCGUGACACUAUACAGAACGGUUGAGGGCCACAAACCGUCAUAUCGUGAGAAACUUGAUAUUUUACCGUGGUGGGUGGUUAGCCAAACGCUGACUAGCAAAGGAAUUACCGAUGUUAUCGAAAACGCCUACAUGUUGUGUAAAGUGAUGCUAAAAGGGCUGUCUACUUUUCCGCAAAUAGAAGUGGUCGGGAUGGAUAAUGCUAUUGAGUUCGCUUCGAAAGUGUACAAAAAUCAGUACACUGCCCCGACAGUUCUCAUUUUCAAGUAUCGUUAUGCGGCUGUAAGAGACGCGGCCAAGGUUUGUAUCGAGCUGGACCAAAAGGUCAUUGCCGAUGCAGAAGAAGUUCUGCACAAUGAAUGUGAAUACGCAGACUCGUUAAACUCUUGGCUUGGUCAAAGUGUUGUGGCAGAAUGUCAAUCAUUGGGAAUUCAUAUGAUCGAACUUGGAGGAAGCUAUGGCACAGCGUUUCGCUUUUGUCCACUUGAACAUGCGGCUGCUCUCUCAUCGCAAGUGGAUCAUAUGCAACAAUUCAUUAGACUUCUUGGUAGCGUGCUGAAAAUCGUUGACUCCACUGUAGUGGCCAGAUCGAAUUUCGAGAAGCUAAAGGGUGACUAUCCGUCUCUUACUAUUGUCCCUUUACGUAAAUGGGCUGGAGUUGGUGCUGUUUGCUACAUUCCUUCAAUCGUCAAAACUAAGGCGCAGUCAGAGUGGAAUGAAAAAGAAAAGCAACAGAUCUCUCACAUCAAUUUGGAACUCGUCCAUCAGUUACGUUCUGUCGACUCAGCUUUUUCUACUGGAGAAAGCGAUACUUGUGUGAAGUUUGGGAUGCUGUCCGACGCUAAAGAUCUACCCGAUUUACUGAAAAUGGUUUCUGAAAAGGGAGCUGAAAUCGAAACCAACCAGCAGUAUCUGGAUAGCUUAGCAGAACUCAUACGCAAAGGUAUUGAAGCGGCUAAUGAGGACCUCAAAAAGGAAAAUGAGUUACGCCUUCAGCAAGAAGGUGUUAUUCGACAGCUGCCCAUUAUGGGUUCGUUGGUGAAUUGGUGGUCCCCUAUUGAGAGAGACGGACGAGUUCGAGGACGGUUUUUCAACUUGAACACAGGUGAAAUUCAAACAACAGACGUAAUCUAUAAGAACAAGAAGGAAUCCAUUGCUACCAGCCAUAGUGCGAGCAAAAAGGUAAGCAUUGAUUACAUCAAACCCGUUGACGGGUGA